UGAAAAAAUUUUGGAUAAAAAUCGAAUUCGAUUUUGAAAUCCAAAUCGAUUUAAAACUUCAUGAUUCGAGGGAAUGGGUCUGAGCGCAAGCAAGGAACCUCUCCUACGAUGAAGUGAUUUUUAAACGUUUUGGAUAAAUUAGUUGUAUGAACAUUGUCUUCAUUCAACUAAAUCAAAGCGAGUUCGUAUCCAUACAGGCAAACAUUUUUAAUGACUUGCCGACAAAUUCAUCUUUCUUACUACUACAAUAGUUUACGACUAAAGGCUAUAAUUCGAAUAGAGUUGUAGCUGUAAGCGGACAGCUUAUUGUAUAGCCAACUUAGCAAUACGUCUAAGGUGGUAAAAAAAGGUUGGUUGCAUUAUAAUCAGAGAGAAAUUGAAGAUUAAUGGUGCAAUUAGCAAUAAAUAU